UGACGCUGUUUAGACAUCCACAAAAGUGCGAUUGAGUUUGGAUGUUUGAUAGUCUUAUGAACGAAAGUUCUUUGGUCUGAAAAUAGCAUUCAACUCAGGAUUUGUCGUGUAAUACAAAAAUAAACUGAAGAAAUGUGAUAAAGAUGUAUAACAAUUUAACUAUGUAGAGUUUCUUUUGAGUAACUAUACAAAAUUGUUUAAUUGGAUUGAGCCUAAAUGAAAUACUGAACGAACAAUUUGGUAAAAAUGUGUUAUUUGUGGAACACGAACGGAUCAGUGAGUUCAAGAGAAAGUUUUGCGUCAACCAUGGAUUAAUAUUCACGUAAAUGUUAAGAAUGUAGCAGGACUUUUGAACACAAUGUUUAUUUUCGUUGUUUGAGAAUGUGGUUCCAGUUUUCAUAUUAAGUGCGGAAUAAGCAAAAGAUUCUUAUAUUAGCUGUGUAACAAGAUGAUUGUAAGAACAAUUACGUCGAACAGGUGAUUAUAUUGUGAAACUUAUCGGUUUGACCUCAGUGAUAUACUAAGUAAUAUAUAGUUUUCCCAUUAAAUAAAUAUUUAUGGAAUUUUACUGCUAUUGAAAAACGAUAAAUCCAAAAUUAUAAAACUGAGAAGUUUUGAAACGUACUACCUGGAGCCCAUCGCCAUGAAUCGUGUGGGCCAGGAAUGUACGUAAUAUUUCCAGCCGAAGAUCUAUUAUACAUGACAUACGGUGCCGCACUACCUAGAAUUAAGCCUCGACCAACUCUGGACAACCUGCGUGACCCACUUGUUCCCUUUGGCACUAGGCCCUCCUCUCCCACUAGCAAUGUCUUGACAUAUUCCCAAGACAUUUAUCCCAUUUCCUCAACCUAUGCCAAUCAAUCAUUACCUAAAGAAAUUAGUACCCGUCCCACUAGUGCCACACAAAAUGUUAAAACGGACGCAUUCGGUUACCCAACCUCACGUUUAGAAAACAAUCCGCGAGAACAUACACCAAGUAUUCAUGUGGAAUUUGCAAAUCCUGGCACCACAUCCUACAACCAUAAUCCACCUAUCAACAAAGAAAAAGACGAAAGCAGCAAACCUAAACACAGAUUCCACUUAAGCUUGGGACGGCUAGGACGUUCAAAGCAGAGUCAAAAGGCGGAACCGGCUCGUUUACGUGAUGUAACCGAGAUUCGUAUUGCAAAUCCAACAUUUACACGAGAAAAUUUGGUGCAACGAAAUUACGAUGCGUUUUUUGAAUCUGGUGAACCGGUUUACUCAUUAGAACGACGAGCUCCAUUCAAACCGACACCCGAACCCGAACCACCUCCAUCCUCAAUAAUCGACCAUCGACCAAAUUCUCUGAAGUUUUUCAACAAACCAAAACCUUCAGUAACGUUCCGAUCGAAAAGCGCUGAAGUACCGGUAUCGGUUGAUGUGCCCCAGAAAGGUGACAGGUGCCCCUCUCAAAUUUUUGGUUUGAUUUAAUAAUAGUAUUUAAACUCACCAAAAAGCGCAGAGCGUAGACGUUUGUUUGGGUGGAGAGGUGCUCGUGGCGGCUCUCUCAGCCCAUCAGUAAGUAUGGCCACACCAUCCUGUAUAUUAAGAGAUUGUACCCAUCCAAACCUCAACGAGACGA